AGAGGGAGCCGGGCCGCCGUCGCUGCUGUUGCUGUCUGUGCGCCCUCCGCCCGGUGGCCCCCACCUCCGCCCUGCGGCCGCACCUGGCGCCCCCUGGCUUCCCCGGCCCCCGCGCGGCGUGGAGCCAUCUUCCCUCACCUCCUACCGGAACCCUAGCUUGCUCCCGGCCCAUGCGGCCCCCGCGGGCUCCCGGCCCCGGCUCCAGAACUGAGCCCUGCACCUGAGCGCGGGGCCCGGCGGGGCGCGGCGGCCGCGAUGGGGAAACUGCAGUCGAAGCACGCCGCCGCCGCCCGCAAGCGGAGAGAGAGUCCGGAAGGGGACAGCUUCGUGGCGUCCGCGUACGCGAGCGGCCGCAAAGGCGCGGAGGAAGCGGAGCGGCGCGCGCGGGACAAGCAGGAGCUGCCCAGUGGGGACCCCAAGGAGGAGCCUUUCCGGGAGGACCAGUGUCCCCUAGAGGUGGCACUCCCCCCUGAGAAAGCUGAGGGCCGCGAGCACCCGGGACAACAACCCAGCGCAGAUGAUGGAGAAAGGGCAGCAAACCGCGAGGGCCCACGAGGACCGGGCGGGCAGCGCCUCAACAUUGAUGCACUCCAGUGCGAUGUCUCGGUGGAGGAGGACGACCGCCAGGAGUGGACGUUCACACUCUAUGACUUUGACAACUGCGGGAAGGUCACCAGGGAGGACAUGUCCAGCCUCAUGCACACCAUCUAUGAGGUCGUGGAUGCCUCAGUCAACCACUCCUCGGGCAGCAGCAAGACCCUCCGUGUGAAGCUAACCGUCAGCCCUGAGCCCUCCACCAAGAGGAAGGAGGGUCCUCCUGCUGGCCAGGACCGGGAGCCCAGCCGUUGCAGGAUGGAGGGUGAACUGGCAGAGGAGCCAAGGAUGGCCGACAGGAGGUUGUCUGCACACGUCAGGAGGCCCGGUGCUGACCCCCAGCCCUGCUCGGAGCGGGGGCCCUACUGCGUGGACGAGAACACGGAGCGCAGAAACCACUACCUGGACCUCGCCGGGAUUGAGAACUACACGUCCAGAUUCGGCCCUGGGUCCCCUCCUGUGCAAGCCAAGCAGGAGCCCCAGGGCAGGGCCUCGCACCUCCAGGCCCGGUCCCGCUCCCAGGAGCCGGACACACACGCCGGGCACCACCGCAGGUCGCAGGUGCUGGUGGAACAUGUCGUGCCAGCCUUGGAGCCUGCUGCCCGGGCCCUGGACCCGCAGCCCCGGCCGAAGGGGCCGGAGAAGCAGUUCCUCAAGUCCCCCAAGGGCUCCGGGAAGCCGCCUGGGGUGCCAGCCAGCAGCAAGUCCGGGAAAGCCUUCAGCUACUACCUGCCGGCCGUCCUCCCGCCCCAGGCCCCUCAGGACGGUCACCACUUCCCGCAGCCUCCCCUGCAGCCGCCACCGCCACCUUACGGCCACAAGCGGUACCGCCAAAAGGGCAGGGAGGGCCACUCGCCACUCAAGGCCCCACACGCCCAGCCUGCCACAGUGGAGCACGAGGUGGUGCGGGACCUGCCGCCCACACCAGCAGGAGAGGGCUACGCGGUGUCAGUGAUCCAGCGGCACGAGCACCAUCACCACCACGAGCACCACCACCACCACCACCACCACCACUUCCACCCGUCCUAGUGCCGCCGCCAAGCACACCUCGCUCCCAGCACAGCACAGCCCGCGCCGUCAGGGCAGGGAGCAAAGCAGCUGCCGGCUGUGUGCCCGUGGAGAGCCCAGCUCCCCCCCACCUCCGACAGCAAACAGCAACUGACUGCAGGUGCUGGCAUAAUGGAGGCGGUGCACCUUGGACACGUGGACAAGGCCCAGGCGCCCUCUGCUCUCCUGCCCUCGAUGCCAUGUGGCAGUGAACACAUCUGAAGCCACUGCGUUUCCCGGCUCUAAGGCUCGUCUGUGUAACCCAUAAAACCUGCUUUGAUUCCAAAAUGAGGCCCUGGAGUGCGGAAGGAGUGCCCGGAUGCUUGGGGUGGGUGUUCUCCCUGGGGCUUCGAGGGGUGACCGCUGUAGGCUGUCCCAGUGCGAGGCUGGGAGCGAAUGGAAAAGCCGAGGCUUUGCCUGGCUUGUGCAUCAUGAAGUCAGAGGGAACAGGGCCGGGGGGAAGCAGCUUAUGCUUAGUAGGGAGCAUCCGGGGCUCCCUGGAGGAGGCCAAGCAGCAGACGCAGCAGAAGGCAGCAGCACUGGAAAGAGAAGCGCCAGACCAGCGAGGAGGGGCCACAGGGUACGGGGAGCCCAGACCAGCGAGGAGGGGCCACAAGGCAGCAUGCGGCGGUAGAGGUAGCCCCUGGUCCUGGAGACACAGCAGCUCAGGUGAAUGCAGGACACAGUCAAGGCGGGGAGGGGCAGGGUGACAGACGCUGGAGAAAGGCAGAGGCUCACGAUUGGUGCGGCUCAGAACAUGGGGACCUGCACAUUCACGGUCUUAGCACUGACGGGGCGGCUUCUGUGACAUGUCAGCUUUGGAGAAAGGUGUGUCCUCCUGCAAGGGUCAGGAGAUGGUUGCAGGCCAGAAGGAUGUCCCAGUGAUGUUUCUGAGUCUUGCAGCCUGCAGGGGUCCACAUGGUUACCCCGAACAGGAACCGUGGGGGGUGCUUUCUGGAACCCAGGGGGCCCGUGUCAAUGUUUCUGAAUCUUGCAGCCUGCGGGGGUCCACGUGUUUACCCUGAACAGGAACGUGCGGGUGAUUUCCGGGAUAUGGCGAGGCUGUACGGCAGUUUUGCAUUUACAUUCCUUGUUUUGUUUUUAAGGAUAAAGUGGUGCUGGGUGGGGUCUGUGGGAGGGGUUUGAGCCACAGGGGCAGAUCCCUGGCGAAUGGCUUGGAUGUGUGUCCCCUCCAAGUCUCAUGCUGAGAUGUGAUCCGUGGUGCUGGGUGAGGUCUGUGGGAGGGGUUUGAGCCAUGGGGGCUGAUCCCUGGCGAAUGGCUUGGAUGUGUGUCCCCUCCAAGUCUCAUGCUGAGAUGUGAUCCGUGGUGCUGGGUGAGGUCUGUGGGAGGGGUUUGAGCCAUGGGGGCUGAUCCCUGGCGAAUGGCUUGGAUGUGUGUCCCCUCCAAGUCUCAUGCUGAGAUGUGAUCCGUGGUGCUGGGUGAGGUCUGUGGGAGGGGUUUGAGCCAUGGGGGCAGAUCCCUGGCGAAUGGCUUAGAUGUGUGUCCCCUCCAAGUCUCAUGCUGAGAUGUGAUCCGUGGUGCUGGGUGAGGUCUGUGGGAGGGGUUUGAGCCAUGGGGGCUGAUCCCUGGCGAAUGGCUUAGAUGUGUGUCCCCUCCAAGUCUCAUGCUGAGACGUGAUCCGUGGUGCUGGGUGAGGUCUGUGGGAGGGGUUUGAGCCAUGGGGGCUGAUCCCUGGCGAAUGGCUUAGAUGUGUGUCCCCUCCAAGGCUCAUGCUGAGACGUGAUCCGUGGUGCUGGGUGAGGUCUGUGGGAGGGGUUUGAGCCAUGGGGGCUGAUCCCUGGCGAAUGGCUUGGAUGUGUGUCCCCUCCAAGUCUCAUGCUGAGACGUGAUCCGCGGUGCUGGAUGGGGUCUGUGGGAGGGGUUUGAGCCAUGGGGGCAGAUCCCUGGCGAAUAUGGCUUGGCACCCUUGCCGUGGUGAUAAGUGAGCUCUCAUUCUGAGUUUGUGGGAGAUCUGGUUCUUUAGAGCAAGGGCCCCAACCCCCAGGCUGUGGACUGCUACUGGUUUAUGGCCUGUUAGGAAUGGGCCGCACAGCAUGGGGUGAGCAGUGGUGAGCGAGCAUGAGUGCCUGAGCCGCCUCCUGUUAAAUCAGAGGCGGGAUUAGAUCCUCAUGGGUGCUCAAACCCUGUUGUGAACUGCGCAUAUGAGGGAUCUAGGUUGUGUGCCCCUUAUGAGAAUCUAAUGCCUGAUGAUUGGAAGUGGAAGUUUCAUCCUGGAACCAUCCCCACACCCCGUCCGUGGAAAACUUGUCUUCCACAAAACCAGUCCCUGGUGCCAAAAAGGCUGGGGACUGCUGGUUUAAAGGAGCUGGCACCUCCCCUCUCUCUCCUGAUCUGACCAUGUGACAUGCCUGCCCCUCCUUUGCCUUCUGCCUUGAGUGGAAGCUUCCUGAGGUCUCCCCAGAAGCUGAGCAGAUACGGGCACUGUGCUUGUACAGCCUGCAGAAUGGGGAGCCAAAUAAACCUCUUUUCUUUAUAAAUACCCCAGUGCCAGGUAUUCCUUUAUAGCAACGCAAAACAGACUAACACAAGAACUCCCCCCUCCCCGCAAAAAAAACCCUAUAAAACACACAUAUGCACAAAAAGUGAGCCAGUGCUGAAUGGUCUCGUUCAUUAAACACCCACAUGUAAAGAUCAGUGUGUCUCAUCAGUUACGCUGCAGCAGCUUGGCCUGGGGCCAAGGGCAAAUUGUGUGUGUGAAGCUGUUGGGUACCAUGUCCAGCAGGCCUGGCACAUGGUGAAUGGGAAGGGACACAGCACAGGAUGGCAUCAGGUCCUGCUCUAGCUCCCGGGCCACACCCGUUGGGGGACAUGGGUGCCACCAGAAGGAAGGCCAUGCUGUGCUGCAGGUGAGACGGAGGCAGAGGCUCCUCAGAGGACUCCCGGCACACAGCCUGCUCCUGGGGCAGCUCUACCUGCCGUUUGGCCCGGUCUUCCCACCAUGCUGGCACCAGGAAGGCUUCACUGUAGGAGACCGGGUGACAAAGGUGACACAAGGACAGAGGCCUCUGUCACAGAAACCAAGAGCCUUGUUCUUGUGUGAGUGUAGACUUUGACUACCAGAUGAUCUUGUUGCUGGACUAGCCUGUAUCUGAAUGAGUGGGAGUGACUUGGUGUAAAUUAGUGAGUGAGUGGGUGAAGGAUGAGUGGGUGAGUUAGUGAGGGAAUGAAUGAGUGAACCGGUGAAUAAAUGAAUGGAACGGUGACUGAGUGAGUAAAUGACAGUGAUGAGUGAGGGCUGAGGGGUAAAUGAGUACAUGAGUAGGCGAAUGAAUGCAUGACAGUCAGUGGGUUAGUGUGUAAAUGAGUGUGUGAACGAGUGAACAGGUGAAUAAAUGAACAGUGAAUGACAGUGAUGAAUGAGGACUGAGGGGUAAAUGAGUACAUGAGUAGGCGAAUGAAUGCGUGACAGUAAGUGGGUUAGUGUGUAAAUGAGUGUGUGAACGAGUGAACAGGUGAAUAAAUGAACAGUGACUGAGUGAAUGACAGUGAUGAGUGAGGGCCGAGGGGAAAUGAGUACAUGAGUAGGCGAAUGAAUGCGUGACAGUGGGUGUGUAAAUGAGUGUGUGAACGAGUGAACACGUGAAUAAAUGAACAGUGAAUGACAGUGAUGAAUGAGGGCUUGAGGGGUAAAUGAGUACAUGAGUAGGCGAAUGUGUGACAGUGAGUGGGUGAGCUGUGAAUGAAUGGGUGCUUAAGGAGUGAGUGAAUGAUGAGUGGGUGAAUGAAUGGGUGAGUCGGGGAACGGGUGGAUGAGCAGGUAAGUGAAUUAGUAUGCAGAUGAGUGGGUGAACGAGACUAUGAGGGAACGAGUGAGUGAGUGGGUGUGUGAACGAGUGGGUGUUAGUGUGUGAACGAGUGGGUGGGUUAGUGUGUGAAUGAGUGGGUGAGUUAGUGGGUGAACGACUGGGUGAGUUAGUGUGUGAAUGACUGGGUUAGUGCGUGAAUGAGUGGGUUAGUGUGUGAAUGGGUGUGUGAACGAGUGGGUGUUAGUGUGUGAACGAGUGGGUGGGUUAGUGUGUGAAUGAGUGGGAUAGUGUGUGAAUGAGUUUGUGAACAAGUGGGUGGGUUAGUGUGUGAAUGAGUGGGUGAGUUAGUGGGUGAACGAGUGGGUGAGUUAGUGUGUGAAUGACUGGGUUAGUGCGUGAAUGAGUGGAUGGGUUAGUGUGUGAAUGAGUGGGUGAGUUGGUGUGUGAACGAGUGUGUGAAUGAGUGGGUGUGUGAAUGAGUGGGCGAGUUAGUGUGUGAGUGGGUGUGUGAACAAGUGGGUGAGUUAGUGGGUGAAUGGGAGAGUUAGUGAAUAGGUGGGUGAGUUAGUGUGUGAAUGGGAGAGUUAGUGAAUGGGUGGGUUAGUGUGUGAAUGAGUGGGUGUGUGAAUGAGUGGGCAAGUUAGUAUGUGAAUGAGUGGGUGUGUGAACGAUUGUGUGUGUGAAUGAGUGUGUGUGAGCUAGUGUGUGAAUGAGUGUGAAUGGGUGUGUGAACGAGUGGGUGAGUUAGUGUGUGUGGGUGUGUGAACAAGUGGGUUUGUGUUUCAAUGAGUGGGUGAGUUAGUGUGUGAAUGAGUGGGUGUGUGAAUCAGUGAGUGUGUGAAUGGUCGAAUUUUUGAAUGUGUGAACGAGUUAGUGAUUUAGUGUGAAUGAGUGGGCGAAUUAGUGUGUGAAUGAGUGAGUUAGAGUGCGAAUGAGUGGGUUAGUGUGUGAAUGAGUGGGUAUGUGAAUGAGUGGGUGUGUGAACGAGUGGGUUAGUGUGUGAAUUAGUGGGUGUGUGAAUUAGUGGAUGAGUUAGUGUGUGAAUGAGUGGGUGAGUUUGUGAAUGAGUGGGUGUAUGAACGAGUGGGUGAGUUAGUGUGUGAAUGAGUUGGCGAGUUUGUGUGGGUGUGUGAAAGAGUGGGCGAGUUAGUGUGUGAAUGGGUGUGUGAACUAGUGGGUGAGUUAGUGUGUGAAUGAGUGUGAAUGGAUGUGUGAACGAGUGGGUGAGUUUGUGAAUGAGUGGGUGUGUGAACAAGUGGGUUUGUGUUUCAAUGAGUGGGUUAGUGUGUGAAUGAGUGGGUCAGUUACUGUGUGAAUGAGUGGGUGUGUGAAUCAGUGAGUGUGUGAAUGGUCGAAUUUGUGAAUGAGUGUGUGAACGAGUCAGUGAUUUA